AUGAACUGCACUCAGCUAUUGAUCUACAGCUCUUAUCCGAGCUCUCUUGAAUCUGACAGCGAAUCUGCUAUGGAAACGCAAUCUACGUUGACCUUGGGUUGCUCCACGUUUCUCCCCGGAUUCGACUCGGUGUUCGUUUUCGCUAUCGUAUUACUUCAAUACGCCACACCUCGAACAGAUACUGCUCGCGAUCCCCAUAUCUGGGCCUACAGAGAUCUUAUUUCGGUUUUAACGAAUAACGAAGACCUCGGUGCAUCGCUGAUACUCCAGACGGAACAUGCCGCCCCGGAGAUCACACAAGAAGUCUCGCAACGGCUGCGACCAAUGCAAAAGACGGAGAGUGAAGGCGAGUACCCCGAUUUGACAGCGGCAUUGCCGUGCGAUGAAGCCGAUCCAUGUUUAAAUUGUACCCGUCGCAGUCUUUCGUGCAGCUAUCAGCAUCGAAUCGGUACCCCACAGCCUGAACCCAAGACGAAACAUGCUGAACGACUCGUUGCAUGCACCCCAGCUCCCGGCACAUCUCUUGCCAAGAUAUCUGCACGGACCGAUGCCGCCUUAAGCGUCUUUCAGCGCAAUUUAACAGAUACCGCAUACUUCGGGCGCGAGUGGAACGGUCAAGACCCCGAAUUGAUGCACCAUUACUGCACCUCCACAUGUACCACCUUAUCAGAUCGAGAAGAUAUCCACCACGUGUGGAGAAUCGAGGUUCCGAAAAUCGCUUAUUCCUAUGAGUUUCUCAUGCACGGCAUCCUGUCGUUAUCCGCACUCCAUCUGUCAUAUGUCAAGCCCGAAAAACAUAGUCAUUACCUCACCAGCUCCACUUUCCACAUGGCCCUAGGACUCCAAACUUUCCGAACUAUACUUCGCAAGCCAACCGCGGAGAAUUGCUUUGCCCUCUUCGCAUUCUCGAGCGUCAUCAUGGUCUGGAUAUGUGGUGUCCCGACAGACUCGAAGGAUGCACAGCCCUUGAGCAGCGUGAUUGAGAUGUUUAAUCUCUCCCGUGGUAUAACUUCCCUCCUUGAGUUUUUUCCCUUAAUUCAGAAGUCUUGUCUUGGGCCACUGUUCUCUCAAGACUGGAGCGAGAAAGUGGACACACCACUCCGUCUCUUCCAUGGCCUUAAUGACCAAAUCAAUAGACUCAGGUAUCGGCUCACAGUCGAAGUACUUGAAGAAGAGGAGAGAUCAAUCCUAGAGCAUGCCAUCAUUGAGCUGAAGAAAGCCUGCCAACGUAUUGAACGCGCCCACAGCCCUUCCGCCUGCGGUCUGAUUUUCAUUUGGCCGAUUACAGUCCGCAACGGGUUUGUUAGCUUGAUUGAGAAAAGGCAGCCUUUUGCCCUUGUAUUGCUUGCUUGCUACUGCGCACAGCUACAUGUGUUCCGGCGUUUUUGGGUUAUGGAAAGCCGUGCAGAAUCGCUGCUAUCCGAGGUCUUGGCGGUUAUGCCACCUGGGUACGCAGAUCUUUUAGACUGGCCGCGGCAAUUCUGUUUGCAUGGUCCCGAUAUGGAGAGAUGGUGUGUCCUUCAUCCAAAAGUCCACCCUGAAGCAUUGCUCCCUGCGACCAAUCUGAAAAUGAGAAUCUCCAUCAUCUCGGCGGCUAUUACAGCAUGCUGUCUAUUUAUAAUAGGAUGCGGCAUCUUACUCUACAACAACACGCGGGUCCCACCGGAAGCGGUGGACCGGCAUGCCUACUGCGCUGACUGCAUUAACUAUGCAAGCCGCGUAGAUGAUAUGAUCCGUCGUGGCAAUAAUGUCCGGGGAAACAAAUCGUUCUUCAAAUACGCUUCGGACGUAUCGUGUCGGGGCCAGCUGCUGAUUAGCAAGCGGUGUCUACGGUAUCGCCGGGCGUUCCUUGACAACCCGGAUAGGUUUAUGUUCGAUAUUGAAGUUCCAUCUCAGGCUUGUAUUGCUAUCAAAGCUUGCUAG